CUUUUCCUCUUUGCUAGGUUUAAUUACUGAGUUUGCUCAUCCAUUUCUUUUCCUAUUAUAAUUUUUCACUAUCAUGGCAACCCAAGAGUUACUUGUCCGUGGUGCAACUGGGUUACUGGUGAAUUUGAGUUCUGUUGUUUCCCAACAGAUUACGGAGGCUUGGAGUGUCAAAGAUGAGUUGAAAAAACUUAAAAGAACUUUGGAGAAGAUAGCGGCUAUAACAACCGAUGCUGAGAACAAGCAAGGGGAAUAUGAGGUUGUGAGGCUUUGGUUAAAAAGGCUCAAGGAUGUUGUGUAUGAUGCUGAUGAUGUUCUGGACGAGUUUUCUUAUGAAGCCAUGCGUCAAGUUGAGAUGGGUGGCAAGAGAAAUAAGGUACGGAAUUUUUUUUCAUCCUCCAACUCUCUUGUGUUGCGUUGCAAUAUGGCUCAGAAAAUCAAAAAUAUUAAGAAGAGACUAGAUGACAUGUUUAUUGAGAUAUCAAGGUUUCAGUUUCAAGUUUCUACCGGUGGUAACACUUAUGAUCACAACAUUGUGCAACAAAACCGACUUAUUCUAUCUGCUGUAGAUGAGUCAAGUGUCCUAGGAAGAGAUAAUGAUAAGUCGACCAUAAUCAAUAUGUUGACUACACCCCACCCAUCGUCCUCAUCCUUAAAUCCUACUCAACAAGAAAACAUUUCUUUCAUAUCCAUAGUUGGUGUGGGUGGAUUAGGAAAGAGUACACUUGCUCAAUUGAUCUAUGAUGAUGAGUUGAUAAUAAGAAACUUUGAGACCAGAGCUUGGGUCUGCGUGUCUGACGAUUUUGAUAUCAUAAAGAUCUUAACAAACAUAAUUGAGUCGGUUACAAAUAUCAAGUGUGAUCAUUUUUCAAGUUUCAUCGUCUUGGCCGAUAAAUUUCAAAAAGAGUUGAGCAACAAGAAAUAUUUUUUAGUACUGGAUGAUAUUUGGAACGAGGAUCCAGUAGACUGGGAUGAACUUAGAUGUUUGCUAGCAGUGGGAGCUCAUGGGAGUAAAGUCUUAGUCACUACACGUAGCGACAAAGUUGCAUCUAUUGUGGGAGGUCCUAUCGCACCAUACAUGUUAGGAAACCUACCCCAGAGUGCAUGUUGGUCUAUAAUCAAGAAUAAAGCCUUUUGUUUAGGGGGUGAAAUAGUGACUCCAAAAAUGAUAUGCAUUGGAGAAGAAAUUGCAACAAAAUGUGGUGGUUUACCACUUGCUGCCAAAGUUCUCGGCAAUGUUAUGCGCUUGCAUAAAACCGAGACUGAUUGGCUGUCAAUCGUAAACCAUGCCAUUUUUAAUAUGGUUGAUGUGAAAACGAAAAUGGUAGCUAUACUGAAAUUAAGUUAUGAUAAAUUACCCUCGCGUGCGAAACUUUGUUUUUCCUAUUGCUCUUUAUUUCCAAAGGACUGGGAGAUUAAUAGAGAAAUUUUGAUUCGUUUGUGGAUCGCUGAAGGGUUCAUUCAUCCAUCACAUGAAGGGAAUCAAAAAUCACUAGAAGAUGUCGGUGAUGAUUAUUUCCAUAGUUUAUUGGCUAAUUCGUUUUUUCAAGGUGUGACAAGGGAUAAGUUAGGCGACAUCAAAACAUGCAAGAUGCAUGAUUUAGUACAUGAUCUUGCCCAGAGUGUCAACGGUGUUCAUGAUAUCAAGAUUGUCAAUUCUGGCAAAAUGGAAUCUGUUUCUAAAUUUCGUUGUUUGCAGAUAGUUUUAGACAAACAAAAUUCGAAAACAUUUUCAAAAAUCUUGGAAAAAGCAAAGAGGUUGAGGUCCAUUUUUUCCAUUGAAAAUGAUCAUUUAGGAGAACAUUUACUUUAUGGCAAGAAUCUUCGGGUAGUUUGUUUGCUUCGUCGGCAUGCUCUAGAAAUUCAAUCUUCAAUAUUUAAGCUUAAGCAUUUAAGGUACCUAGACCUAUCUUAUUGUAGCUUCAAUGAAGGACGGGAUGUGUCCAUCAGUCAACUUUACAAUUUGCGGACAUUAGUGCUUCAUAAAUGCGAAAAUGUUACAAUGAUUCUCGUAGAGAUUGGGUCUCUGAAGAUGUUAAGCCACCUAAAUCUCUCUUUUUCGGAUGUUGAAUAUCUACCUGAUUCUGUCGUCCAACUUACUAAUUUGCAGACGUUAGAUCUAUACCGAUGCACUAGAUUAGUAGCCUUACCGGUAAACAUUGGGUCUUUGAAAGAUCUAAACCAGUUAAAACUCAAGUAUUGUGAAACUUUAAAAGUUUUACCUAGUGAAGUCGGAGCCUUGACACGAUUAAGGUGCCUGGAUUUGUCAUUCACAAUGAUCAAAGUAUUGCAUGAGCCAGGCAUUAGCAACCUCUGCAAUUUGGAGUCGAUCCAUUUUGGAAAAUGUGAGCUUCCCAAAGAAAUUAGAAAUUUGCCAAAAUUGAGAAUCUUUAAACAUUGGAGAGAUAACGAAGAUGAAAUGCCUAGAGGUAUACAAACUCUAACUUGCCUUGAAGUGUUAGAAUCUUAUGUAGUGAGGAACACAGAAACCACCUCUUAUAGUUGUGGUGAUGGUGGGAUUAUAAAAGAAUUAGCCAGUCUAAAUAAUCUACAAAAGUUAAAGAUCAGCUAUCUGGAGUUUGUGAGAGGUGGUAUGGACGCCGAGAGAGCACUGUUAAAAGAUAAGAUAAACCUUCAUGAUUUGUGUCUAAAAUGGGGUUCCAUUUUUUAUGAAGACGAGGAAAUUGUUUUCGAUGAGGAAUUGGAGUCUCUCGAACCUAACGAGGUGUUGGAAGGUCUCGAACCAAACCAUAGUUUAAGAGAUUUGAGAUUAUUUGGUUUUCCGGGUUCAAAGCUUCCGAAAUGGAUGGGUUCAUCCAUUUGCCUUCCAAAUUUAGUGGAAAUAAAGCUUUGGUAUUGCAAUAAAUGUGAGAAGCUACCAGCACUCGGUCUGCUACCAUGUCUUAAGGUUCUUGAGAUUGAAGUAAUGAGGUCAGUAAAAUGUUUGGGUGAAGAGUUUUAUUACCAGCAACACGAAGAAGGAAGAAUCAGCAACAGCGGUAGAAAUGGUAUUGGUAGUUGUAGUGCUGCAAGUCCUACUACAGGAUCAUUAUUUCCAUCGUUAAUCGUGUUGCAGAUUUGUCAAAUGGAGAAUUUAGAAGAAUGGGUUGCUCCUCCUCUUCAAAUCUACAAUUCAUUUCCUUUUCUUGAGAAGCUAGAAAUCAAGAGAUGCCCAAAACUCAGAAGCACACCAAAUUCUUUUCCAUUUCUUAAGAAAUUGGUAUUAUGCGACACCAACAGCAAGGAAGUAGCCUCAAUCUUAUCUACAGGAGGGCUUACCUAUCUCACGUCCAUCGAUAUAUCAUAUUCUCCAGAGCUACGAUAUCUCCCACAGGGAGUACUUCUCCAAAAUAUUACUCCGAAUCUUGAGGAACUAUCUAUCGAUGGUUGCCCUAAGUUUCAAGGUUUUCUUCAAGAUAAUGAUCUAAACAACUACAACAACGGUCGUCAGGGUGAUCGUGAUUUCGAAACAAUAUUAUCUUUUUCAUGUCCUGAAAUCAACUACAGCAAUAGCAACAAGUCUCUCCGCUCAAUAUAUUUCAAUGAUUGUCCUGUUUUAACGUUACUCCCGGAUAUUCGAUCAUUUACUUCUCUCCAGAAAUUAGCAAUCUUGAAGUGCGAUAAGUUGAAGGAGUCCAUAUCUUACGAUCUCAAGACUCUUACCUUUCUUAAAGAGCUGAAAUUUGAUUUUAUUCAAAGCGAAUAUACAGAUUGAAUGAGGAUUAAAUGAAGGUCUCAAGAACACAAGUAAUUGAUCAAUAAUAUACCAGGAGAUGAAGAAAAGGUACGUACUGCGUUGUUUUAACUUCCAGUAUUAUGAAUCAGCUUCAUUCGAAUGGAUAUGGAGAUGCCUGACUGCUACAAUGAAGAGACACAGCUAGUUUAAACAAAGAUCAAUGGCAACGCACACCCUCAUGCUUAUGUUUAUCUUUGGUUUGGAGCUAAACAAAGCAUUUGCAUUAAUAAAGGAGCUCCAAUAUUCAGGUGAUGGUGGCGUAAAUAUAUAUGAAGGUCAGAUUCAAGACCCUAAGAGUUACCAAAGGAGAAUUGUAUCACCAGUUGAAGAGCAGAUCUGAGUUCUUGUCGAAUUGGUCCUUUUAUAGGUGACAUCUGAGAGUCCAAGUAAUCGACUUUGUAAUAGUUUCCAGGGGUUUUUUCGACUUCCCUUUGCCUCUGCAAAUGACUGGUGGUGGUUGUGGUGCCAACUUAGUUGGGAUCACAGUUCGGUGAGAUAAAAUGUAAUCUUUUACAGGUUAAUGUAUGUGGAAUUUUGUG